CUCGAAUCCGAUUGGAAAUGUGACUCCGUCGAAGACUGUGUAGAUGGCCUUGAUGAACUAAACUGUGAUCAGGGGAUACAUCUCGGUGCAAAUGAAACAAUGCAGAUAAAUUCGCCGCUUCUUUUUAGUACCUACCCAACAACCUCUGAGUCUUCCCGGAUGACGUGGGUUAUCCAGUCUGACGCAAACCGCAAGAUUCGUAUCGCAUUCUCUUCGCUCCACCACUGUGAUGACGGCAACAGUCUCAGGGUGGGAGACGGGAAUGACGUCGUUAACCACAAAGACGUGUUCUUUCAAUCAAGAGCUGAUAAAUCACCACCUGACUUACUCUCCAAUGGAACAUCCCUGUGGCUAGCCUGGGAAUGGUUAAACAACGAAUUUGGAUGUGGAUUUUCCCUAUCGGCAGCUAGCGUUCCUUCUUCUGAAUCAAUUUACUGUUCACCAGACACAGAGUUCGAUUGUGGUCAUUCUGUCUGCAUCGCAAAGUGGAUGCAGUGCGACCGCGAGCAUGACUGCAUUGACGGAAGAGAUGAGUUAGACUGCGUUUAUCCUUGCAAACCGCCGGAAUUCGAUUGUGGGCAAUCAGUUUGCAUACCUAAAUAUCUUUACUGCAACCGCUACAAGGAUUGUCCUGAUGGAAGGGAUGAGCUCAAUUGUAUCUAUCCCCCGUGCCCUCCUGAGGAUUUUGACUGCGGUCAGGCAGCAAAGUGCAUCAGCGGUUCUUUGAAAUGCAAUGCUUUCGCUGACUGCCCUGACGGAAGCGACGAAGAGGAUUGCGGUCAUCCGACGUGCUCUUCAGACGAGUUUAGAUGUGGAUACACGGUUUGUAUUCCCGAGGACUGGCUAUGCGACGGUUUUGCGGACUGUGAUGAUGGAAGUGAUGAACUUGAUUGUGGUAGGAGAAUUUUCAUUCGAGCUGAUGAAGAAAUUCCAAUAGAAUCCCCUGGAUAUCCUUGGAACUAUAACUGGAGAUUUCUCAACUACACCUGGAUUAUUCAAACUGAACAAGUUCGAAAGAUUCGUAUCAAAUUCCACGAUUUUGACACAAACUAUGAGGAUGGAUUCCUCUUUGCCGGAGAUGAUAGUCCUGAAACCAAUAGCCCAUUCUUCCGGUGGAGCUGGAUCAAGCUACCUCCUGAUAUUCUUUCCAACGGAAAUGUCAUGUGGUUGAGGUUCACAUCGCAUCCUGGUUAUUCACAAAGGGGUUUCAGUUUAACAGCUAUAAGUGUGCCUUUGAACGAAACUUUGGAAUGCAACAUGGAUCAAUUUGAAUGCGGGCAUUCAGUCUGUUUAAACAGUGCUUGGAAAUGUGACCUCAUCCUUGACUGUAUCGAUGACUCCGACGAAAUUAACUGCGACAUUCCUUGGGUGGUAGAUCUUGAUGCUUAUGAAGCACUCCAGAUAACGUCACCUUUCUUUCUCCAAUAUUCUCCGGCACAUGUUGUCAUGGAGUGGGUCAUCCAGACGGAUGAAGACCGCAAGAUUCACAUCACGUUUUCAGUACUACACAUGCGUUAUUACAGUGAACUCACAGUGGGCAAUGGAAACGACACCGCUGACUACAAGAGUAGGUUCUUUCAACUUCGCUUUCAGAGCACAGGAACAACGGAUUUGCUCUCUGCUGGAAGUUCGAUGUGGCUAGCCUUGGACACGAGAAGAUACCCAGACAUGUUUUUAAGCAGUGGUUUUUCUCUAACAGCCGUGAGCGUUGAUUCUACUGAAUUCAUCAACUGUUCAUCUGAAUCAGAAUUUGAUUGUGGGCAUUCAGUAUGUAUCGGACGAGGCCGGAGGUGUGAUGGUUUCCGCGACUGCUUAGAUGGUCGGGAUGAAUUAAAUUGUGAAACAUGUCACCCUUUCAACUUUAAUUGUGGGCAGUUCGUUUGUAUUCCCGGAUACUUGCAGUGCGAUGGCAUAAGGACUUGUCCAGAUGGAAGUGACGAAGUCAACUGUGCCAACUUCACUUGCGGUCCUGGAUAUUUAGACUGUGGACAGUCAGUGUGUAUAGAAUAUUACCGAAAAUGCGACGGUUUCCCACAGUGUAGUGAUGGAAGCGACGAAAACGAUUGUGGGCCAUUCCGCGAGACCUAUUACAUUAAUGCAACGGAAAAAGUCCAGAUAGAAUCGCCUAAUUAUCCUUGGUUUUAUCCACACAUAUAUGACAUCACUUGGAUUAUUGAAACCGACGAAGAAAUGAAAAUUCGCGUAAUAUUUCACGACUUUCAAACUGAACACGGAAGGGGUAUUCUUGAGGCUGGAGACGGUAACAUUAGCACCAACAGCCCCUUUUUCAGAUGGAGCUGGACGAGACUGCCUCCUCAUCUUUUAUCCAAUGGAAACGUGAUGUGGCUUCGAUUUUCCUCCAGUCAAUAUUACGAUGUCAAUUAUCGGGGAUUCAGUUUAUCAGCCACCAGUGUUCCGUCGUCUGAAACUGUGAACUGUACUGUGGACGAAUAUGACUGUGGGCAUUCUGUCUGUGUCAAAAAGGAUUGGAAAUGUGACCUCGUUGAUGACUGUGUGGAUGGCCUCGAUGAACUGAAUUGCACAAAUGAUCACGAGAUGCAUCUUGGUGUAAAUAAAACGCUCCAGAUAAAUUCGCCGUUUUUUCCGAAUACCUCCCCAAACAACACCAAAACUACUCGGAUUACGUGGGUUAUCCUGUCUGAAGAAAACUGCAAGAUUCGUGUAACAUUCUCCUCUCUUUUCCACUACGACGGCGACUAUCUCAGAGUGGGCGACGGGAACGACGUUGUGAACCACACAAACAUAUUCUUUCAGUCAAAUAGUUAUAAAUCAACACCUGACUUACUCUCCGAUGGAUCAUCGAUGUGGCUGACCUGGGAAUGGGGACAUCAGUGGGAAUCGGAAAAUCCUUGGUACUGGCCAAGUGACGGAUUUGGACAUGGAUUUUCCUUAUCAGCAGUUAGCGUUCCUUCUUCUGAAUCAAUCUACUGCUCACCUGACUCAGAGUUUGAUUGUGGUCACUCAGUCUGUAUCGCGAAGUGGAUGCAAUGCGACCACGAGCGUGACUGCAUUGACGGAAGGGACGAAAUUAAUUGCGUGUAUCGUUGCCCACCGCAUCAGUUCGACUGCGGGCAGUCAGUAUGCAUACCUAAAAGCUAUUACUGUGACGGCAAGGCGGAUUGCCUUGAUGGAAGCGAUGAGCCCAAUUGUAAUAUAACGUCCACUACUGCGGUGUCAUUCACUAGUUCUAAUGGAACAAACCCGACAGAAGCUGAAAGCACGUGCCGUCCCGGAGAUUUCGAUUGCGGAGAAUCGGUGUGCAUUAGCGGUUUAUGGCAGUGUGAUGGUUUCCCGGACUGUGAUGAUGGAAGUGAUGAGGAGGAUUGUGUCGGCUGUCGCAAUUUUUGUUUCCUGGACGGGGACCGGGGAAACUGCUGGUGUGACAAGACGUGUGAGAUCUACGAAGAUUGCUGCAAUGAUUACUACGAAUAUUGCACGCUUCCAGAUUACCCCACUGAACUACCAGACAUUGACGAAUGUGACCCGGAUGAACCUCUGCACAACUGCGACGACAAUGCGUUCUGCACUGACACAUCUACUGGAUUUAACUGCACGUGUAAUGUGGGAUAUGAAGGCGAUGGAACAGCGUGUAGUGAUGUUGAGGCUCCGGACAUAUCAUGCAUCGGCAAUCUGACCGCGUUCUUGGACUGCCACAAGAACUACUCAUCCGUCUCACUUCCUGGUGUCGACGACGUACAUGACAACUCUGGAGAAUACACCGUCACUGUUGUCAUCGAAGACACUUCGUAUGAGGUAGGCAACACCGUCACUUUUGACCAAGUGUCGUCCCCACACAGAGUACGCUACACCGCGACCGACAAGUCAGCAAAUAGUGCAACCUGUGAUGUGUUCGUUCAUGUUUCCUCUGCAAAUGACGGUCAGUUUUGUUCAGCUACCGGUAGUCCAACCAACUGCAUAUGUUCUUCGAACCAGCAGGGACAUUGCACCUGCUCUGCUGGCUACUGCGGACAUGACUGCUCUCAAAACAAUGAGGGAACAGCCUGCAGUGGACCUGGUAAACCCUUUCAGAACUGCAAAGACGUCAACCAAUGCAACACUAGCUUUACGGGUCCACAGUGUGAGGAAUCUAACGCAGCAACAAACUGUCCGGAAGUUUCCAACCAGUGUCUGCAAGGCGAAACCUCCGUGGAAAUCUCGUGGACUGAAGUCAAAGCUGUUGAGCCGUCCGGUGACCCAAUCUCUCCUGCUGCCAUCACUUGCAAGGACAUCGACGGAGCUACCAUCGGGCUCACGGGAGGCGUUUUUGGGUUGGGGAAGCACGAAGUUGUUUGUUCGUCAAAAACAGAUACCGGUGUCGUCCCACAAUGCUUGAUUUCCUUCAUGGUUUCGGAAUAUCCGUUUAUUAAGUUGUCGGCAGUAGGCAACCAGUGCACUGAUCCAGGGAAACCAACCUCAACGGUGACAUGGAAUGUAGUAACAACUGGGGACGAUGUAGUGAUCGCCUGUACAGGAAAUGGGACUAACAUCGGACCAACGGGAGGUGUCUUCGGAGUAGGAUCUCACGUAGUAUCUUGCAUUGCUACUAACUCGGGCGGCUGUGCAAGAUCGAGGGCAUUCGGUUUCGAUGUUCUUGCUGGGAAUAUCCUUCCGUUCGGAGUUGAGGUGGGCGAUUUUCUGCUAUCCCAGGCAAUGCAAGAGAAGCAGCAGUCAAAGAAGGAUUUGAUAUCACCAACAAUUUAUCCACCAAAUUUCUUUCCCUUCUGCGAUGAACUGUAUGAGACAAUCUACUUCACCGACAAUGGUGUAAUCGCUCUGUCAAAUAAUAAAAGCCUUGAUAAGUGGGCGUUUCCUGGAGCCAAAUAUUUGAAGUUUCCCGAUGGUUUGAAACUGAUAGCACCGUUUUGGGCUGAUGUCAAGGCCGAUGCAUUCACUGUCGAAAAGAAUGUUUUCUGGCAGGUUUAUAACCAGUACGAUUCCAACGGUAACCAGGAUACAUUAAAUGCCAUCAGGGACAUCAUGUCAUCACACAUUGAAGUUGGGAAUGGUACCGGACUCGCCUACUGGGCGCUAGUUAUUACGUGGAGUAACGUUCCACCCAACUCGAAAGCAACGGGUACAAACACAUUUCAAGUCGUGCUACUGACAGACUCUAUCCACAGCUAUGCGAUGUUUAACUACGAUCCUUGCAAUAUGAACUGGGACACCGUCUUCCUUCCCAAUAAAAAUGUCAUAUUGGGCUACACGUGUGGAGUGUCUGACCAGAGCGUGUACGUAGAUGUUCCUGAACAUUUGCUCUUCCGUCCGGGCAGCAUCGUCGGGAAUUCUGGUCAGAGGGGCCGCUGGGUGUUCCAGCUGGACAGCCACUCCAAGGAGUUUGUCAACCCUCGAUUAUACUGCCACAACUGGUACGGUCGUCAGGCUCCCUACCCAAUUUUUGAUUUCUACUACCCGCCGUUUGCUGACACGUGCCCCUGCAGUCUGGGAAUGGCUCGGUUCGAUUGGCGAUUCCGUAGGAUGACGCAUCGUUACUGGGUUCUACCGGGAGACGUUUGGGAUUUCUUUCAAGAUACAACUGUUGCUUGCUAUGUGAGACUUUAUCAAGCCCCUGGAACCCCCGGCCCACAAUGCUGCUACAAGAGAUCAACCGGCGAUCUUCUUUACGACGUGAGGAAUCCGAGAGUUGCUUCAGUCUUUGAGAGGUUCCCCUUCAGUCCAGUGUUCUACACCCCCGAUGUGUUUCAAAAGUGGUACGAUGAAGAAGUGAUCUCCCGCUACCACUGCUGUGAAAAGUCCACCCUGUGUCCCCUUUAUAUUGAAUGGCGCCCUCUCAUGACUUGCUCCCACUACAUACCACCCUUCUGGGGUUGGUUCUGGGGAGAUCCACACGUGCGAACUCUCGACGGUCUGGACUACACCUUCAAUGGCCUGGGUGAAUACACACUGGUCCUCAUUGAAGACCCAGACAGAGGCAAGAGAAUCUUUGAACUGCAAGGCCGAACACAGAGAGUGUACGACCCCAAAACAGAGGACUUGACAAAUGCAACCUCAUACAGUGGCUUUGCAGCGUUGGACGCUGAGAGCGGUGCAAGGCUUGAAUUGAAAUUGAGCAACGAUGGAUAUGAUUUGAUAACAACUGUUAAUGGAAGCGUGGUUCAACCUACAGUUGAAGGGUUAGUGUUUGAUGGUUUAACGGUCAAAAAGGAAGAGGACCCUCCCAAGCUGCAAGCAAUAUUCGCUUCGGACGUUCAAUUUUCCGUUGGAGUCAACAACAGUUUUGUAGAUGUAACUGUUCAGCUGAGCCAAAGCUACAAAGGGAAAACGAAAGGCUUACUCGGUGUUUGGGAUGGCAACACUACCAACGACGUCCUAAGGCGUGACGGUACAUUCCAGCAACCGACCGGUACUGAUGGAAAGAUGCUUGAGGAGGACUACUUUAAAUUUGGCGAAACCUGGCGUAUUACCACCAACAAUUCCUACUUCUACUACUUGGCACCCAAUGAGAGCUGGGACAAUAUGAAUGACUUAACCUUCCGGCCAAUGUUCCUGGACGAUCUGCUAGCUAGCGUGGACGAAGAGCAACGCCAAAAGAUAAUUGCCAUCUGCGGGGACAACAAGGAAUGUCAGUACGACGCGUUGGUACUGAAUGAUACGACCGUUGGAAUGGCCACACUGGAACUCAAUGAAAAGAACACCGAAGAUUUGGUAUCAGCGACUAACUACCCCCCAAAACUGACAACAUCUGAAACCAUUGAUGCCACUGUGGGACAGACACUCACGCUACAGUUAGGAGCUACUGAUCCUGAUGGUGACCAGGUUGCAUUCCAUUUACUAGAGGAGAUUGACAAUGCUGUACUCACAGCAGAUGGCCAUUUCACAUGGCAACCAUUUAACACGUCAAAGGUCAGGGUCGGUUUCCUAGCAACGGAUGGUAGGUCUAAUUCUACACUGGAGCCAAUCGUCAAUCUUUGUGACUGCAAGAAUGGCGGAACUUGCCUUCCAGAUCAGUAUGCUGCUGGUACAAACCUCAUUCGUGACCGCUUUGGCGUUUUGUUGUGCAAAUGUGAGCCAGGAUGGAGCGGUGAGUUCUGCAAAGUGGACUAUGACGCAUGCGCAGACAGCCCGUGUUUCCUGGGCGUGAAAUGCCAGGAUGAGGCACCACCGUCUUUGAACAGCACCUGUGGACCUUGUCCUGAGGGAUUGGAGGGCGAUGGAAAAACCUGUACAGACAUUGAUGAGUGCGAGCUGUACCGAGAUGGUCGAGCCGACAGUGACGGGCGGGGAUGCGAUCAGAUCUGUGAGAACAUGCUCGGGGGGUUCAAGUGCAGUUGCAACACGGGAUAUUACCUGGAUGAAGACAAAAAGACUUGCCUUGAACUGUCAACAUCGAGCUGUUUGAAUGGAGGAGAGUUUGACAAAGAGUCCCGAGAAUGCAUUUGCCCAUGGUCCUUUUCUGGGCAAACCUGCGGAGAGAAAAAUCCCUGUUUGUCGAAUAGCAGCUUAUGUUCAGAGCUUGGGCAGCAAUGCUUACCAGAUAAAAAUGAACAUGGGUUUGUAUGUCAGUGUCGAGGCUUUGAGGGAUACGUGCAAACUGGCGGCUCUUGCAAACAAUACCCUUCCAUUGGAGUAGUGGUCACCGCUCAUUUAGAUUUCAUCAACGCCUUCACAAUGCCAACUUCAACCGCAUUCGAAAGGACUUCGUCGAUGUUUCAACAGGGGAUAAUGAAUAAGCUUGAGACGAACCAAACCACAUGGAACGCCCUUACUGUGCAAGUGACAAAGAUAGAGGCAGGCAGUGUGAUUAUCACUUCGGUGGUGUCAUUUCCGGAGAACGUAGCCCCAUCAGAAGGUGAUCUGGAGGACGUGUUGUCCAGUAGUGAUACUCUGUAUGACGGCAAUGCGACAAUUUCUAUCGAUCGGAACUCUGUUUAUGCAAAAGAGGUGUCAACAUUCUGCCCUACAGACCAUUGUCUUAACAGUGGGACUUGCGAAAGACCACGUUUCUCUCCUUGGUUUAUAUGCAGGUGUUUGGCGGAUUAUACAGGGGAGAGAUGUGAAACAAAGAUUAAGCCGAUUCCCGAUGGAGGUGGCAUUUCGCCCCUUGCCUUGGGGCUAAUCGUCGUGGGAUGCAUCUUCUUCGUCUUAGUCACCUUCGGUGUUGCCAUGUACAUUGUGGUGCAAAAGAAAUACGGCAAAAGAUCUACCCAUACGCGGGACAAGAAAAAACAUCGUCAGCCGAAAGAUAAGUACGGGAUGAACAUUAAUGAAAGUGUAAGCUUCAACAAAGGUUACCAGGCCUCUGAGUUCAGCGAGGAAGGCAUAAAGAUGAAAUCUCUCACGCUGGUUGAAAAUAUUCAGGACGGGAAGCCUGUGAAGAACCGAAAGAUAUACGUUCCACCCUUCAGUCAAAGUGAUAUGGACUAAGUUGCACAGAAAUGGUUCUGGUUGGGGACUGCUAGGGUUAAUCUUGCACCUUUACGCUCGAGUGCAAAGGUUGAAGGUGACGCUGCGGUCCACCUUGUGGGUAGUAUCUUUCUAACCCAACAGGAACAACAAAAAUCCUUAACGACGUUGCCUGUGAUUUGUUGCUGAAAUUGGAGACAAAUUCGCUCGAAGUUUAUACUGUAAAUCGCGCUUUGCUUUAUACAAUAAUUAACACAGAUUACGCGCGGUAGUUUGUUACAUGGCAAAAAUGUGCGUUGAAGUGAAAGGAACAGUCAUUUCGUUUUAGUUGCUGGUUUGUUAACAGUGUUUACCAACUAAUAUUAGUAUUUUCUCUCAUUAACCCGUGCAAAUAUUGGAAGUAAACACAGUCACAAAUCUGAUAUGCGAUACGCAUGUAUUGUGGCUGUAUUUCUUGGAACUGUAAGUUUUCAGUUACUUGGAAAAAAAUUGCAGUCUUUAACGUGCUGUCAGAGCCGAAGGAGAGUGUUGUUCGAUAUUUCCUGGGAAAACAGUCCGUCAGUCAUACCCUCAAUUUUGUUUUGGUAUCCAUACCUUUCUGUCCAUCAACAGACACAGCACUUCUAAAAAAGCUCGGAUUUUUUUAAAAUUUCACAAGCAGCUUUUGGGGGAUUCUGUGCUCCUAAGACCUAGCUGUCCCGUGUCCAAUCUUUUCAUAACCCUGAUAUGUAGGUACAAACAUUCAUCCUAAGUACAUCUGUGAAGUUACGGUAGUGCUGGUAGGGUCUUUUUACUCACAUGUGUCGGCCUGCCUACAAGGAACUCGUCGAUGAGAAAAAGUACAAUAUUUUGGGGCUGACCUGUUCCAGCAUAAAGGUCAUUUUGAAAGAAUAGUAAGGUAGGUCCAGGUGGAGCCAAAAAGAGCAAAGCCUUUUUGACUUCAUGAGAAAAACGGCAUUUUGUUAGUCCAUUUUAUGUCCCUUCAAUCCUAAGCGCUAACGUGUAGCCUCCACCCUCAAAAAGCGAUAAAAGUUUACAUGAAAAAAAUUCUUAAAUUUUUGGCCCAUACCUACCCCCCGAAAAAAAGUUUGCCCCUUCCCUGGAUUUUCUCUUGGAGAACAGUGUGUUCAAUUAAACGGAAGUGCCAAAAUCAUUGUAGGGCAUUACAAGAAUAUAUCCUAAAGGUUGGACACAGUGGAAGACAAACGAAGACGAAAAAUGGGUUGACUUGCAACAAACUUGCGGUCCUCACAUACGUAUACAAAGAUGAGAGACCCCAGCUCUUGUUGGAAAGACGAGCUGGUGGGGGAAACAGAGACGGCAGCGUUGCAGGAACAACGUCACAAACACGGAGGGAAAUUGCCUGCUUUUUUUUUGUUGCUACCAUUCAUUCAUUCAUUCAAAUGUAUUCACAUAUACUGUUAAAUAAAACCCAAAAUAAACAAUACCAUGUCAUACAUGUAGUGUAAUGAUGAUCAAGCACUAGUAUAAAAGGGAGGUUGUGUCAUCCAGAGGACAAGCCUUCUGUAACAACAGCAACUAUGGCUAUUGUCAACAGUUAUAUCAAGUUGUAGUUUGCUCAAAAUGAAGAAACAUUAAUUAAAGCUCAGUCUUAUAAUAAGAGUAUUAUCUAAACAAAUGAAUACCUCGCUGAUAGAUGACAGGAGUGACAAUGAAAAUCUGCACCCAAUGUUUGUACGUGUGAGGGGUAGCUCGUGAUAGUCUUUAACAACGUACAUAUAGCAGCACCGCAAUCAAUUUCACUUAACCUUUGCAUAAUGUCUGCUCUCUUUAAAACAAAAUGCUGUUUGUUUUACCCGUUUAAGUCUUGUUUGCUGUUAUUAAAGUGUUACAUACAGUUUGCAUUGAAGUCUAAUGAUAAACCCGCAAAUUUACAUUUGUAUUUAGAUUAAUUGCAAAAAGAAAUGUUUAGUGAUUGUUUAAACCCAAAAUUCCCUUGCAGUUGCUUGAAUCCUUUACUAUUAGGUACAUUAGGUAUUAGCCAGAUUUCUACAUUUUUGUUCUUUGCAGUUAAUGUUGAGCUUAAUAAUCUAUAGAUGGUAAAACGUCAUAAUACGAUUACCAUCUUGACAGACAGAAUUGGAAGAUAAAAGAGACCUCAGUGCACAAAAAUUACGCUGUUGGCUAAAAUAUGGAGAGUAGCGAUUCAAAACGAAAUGAGCAAAUUUGAAUCUACUAUCUCAAAGCAGUGAUGCAUUUUCCAGCUGAAUUAUUAUAAUUUGGUUUGUUAUUAUGACAGAAGAUGAACCCUUACGUAUUUACAAGUAAUAUCGCUGCGGGAAAACUAGGUCAGUUAUUUUCCUCAAAAUCUUUCUUGACCUGCAGCUUGUUGUGCACCGCAAUACACCAAAUGUAGUUUGUUGUGAAACUUCGCUUACCUUUAGUCGAAUAUUAUGAACAAUAAA